GAGAGUUGUGUUGUUGUUGUUCUUCUUCAAGUCAUCACCCUGUCUCUUCUCUGCCUGCUUGCCUGCCUGCCUGCCUCCUGCCUGCCUGCCUGCGCCAGAUAGACGGAAGUGAGGUGAGGCGAAGUGAAGUGAAGUGAAGCGAAGUGAAGUAGAAGGGAAGGGAAGGGAAAGAGAGGGAGGGAGGAAGUCAGGUGAGCGGAGGAGAAUUUGAUCAAGCGGUGUCUGUAGAAGUGUGCUCUCGUUUGUCUGUCUGGCUCUCCUAUAAUCAGCCGCAGGCUGUGUGUUGCCCUCUUUGAUUUCUAUCUGUGUCUGUCUCCGUCUGUCUUUCUGUGUCUCUGCUCGUGUCCCCUACCCUCUGGAGUUCUCGAACGCAUCCUUGGUUGUGCUCUUCACCCUAUUUCUCCUCCUUUCUUGCCUCCUUCCUUUUCAUCGGCCCCUUGCUGCCUUGAUAUAUAGCUCUCCUUUCUGCCAUCUUUCUUUCUUCCUCCUCCGUCUUGUCCAAUCUUGCCUCCUCUUCUGGCGCUUCUCGUGUGCGCAUCAUCAAUCGCUCCUGCCUUCCUGCCUGCCUGCCUCCCGUGCCUCCUUGCCUCGGUGUCUUCCCUGAAGCUUUCGACUUGCCGACCCCGUCUCGUCGCGUAGGUCAUCUGUGCUGAUUCAGGUGUCGUAGUUGCUGUAAACGAAGAAGACGUUUCCCUUUCCAUCUGGAUGCAUCACGAGUUUGUACCGUCUGCGGAAGAAACGAGGAAGGAAAGGCGGUGCCGGAGGGUGGGUGCUGGUUGAUCUUGCUGCCACGAAGAAGAGCACGUCGAUGGAAUGAGGACGCAGGAGGAGGGAAUUGCUUGAAACGCAACUUUGGGAGUGCUAUUCCUUGGCUUCGCCUUUAGAUUUGAGGAUUUCGGAAUCUGGCUUAGUUUUUCCAGGUGCUCGCAUCAGCUGUAGGGCUCAACUGAUUUCAAGCAUCUACGUAGUGUGAAUCCUAUCCACGUAAGUUCUGCGGUGUUGAGAGCUGCGCACAGGACUCUUAGCGUCCGCACCAGCACACCCGUCAAGGCUUUAUGUGAAGGAACGGACGUCUGCACGCCUUCGGACAGGUUGACCUGCCGAUCUCCGUUCUUGUCCCGGUCUUAUGACCUGUUGGAUACUCGGUGAUCAGUCGAAAAUCCCCGAGCUGGAUCUUAUCGUGCUGAUCUAGGAUUUGCGAGAAGAUUUGUUUGUUCCUCUUCCCUCCAUCGCGGACUUGUUUAGUCGCCACAUGUUUAUGCUCUCUCCUUACCUGACUCUAGUGAAUAAGCAUCCUAGUCGUUGGCGUUCAAGACCCUUACCGUAACCACUGAGGAGUCAUACGGAGAUUUUGGAGGGGAAUUGAGCUCGAAUUCCUCAGUCGUUGGAGCAAUAACAGCUCUUUGGCCGACAAUCAGCGAUUCUUCGGUCUUUCACUGUUGAAGAUCUACUGUACAAUUCAGAACAUUAUGGUUGACCUGUAAAUCAUCAAGCGCGGGGUCAUAAAAGCACAACGAGAUGAGUUUCGCGACUACAAAGAUAAAAGUGGGCAAAUAUGAGCUGGGUCGCACUCUUGGGGAGGGUACGUUUGCGAAGGUUAAUUUUGCCAAGAAUACGGAGACGGGGGAAAGCGUAGCCAUUAAAGUUCUUGACAAGGAGAAAAUUUUGAAGCAUAAGAUGGUGGAGCAGAUAAAACGGGAAAUAUCAACGAUGAAACUGGUGAAGCAUCCAAACAUAGUACAACUGCUGGAGGUCUUGGCAAGUAAGACAAAAAUCUACAUUGUUCUCGAAUUUGUCACAGGUGGUGAGCUAUUCGAUAAGAUUGUUCAUCAAGGUCGGUUGAAGGAGGAUGAAGCAAGAAAGUAUUUUCAACAAUUAAUAAAUGCUGUUGAUUACUGCCACAGCCGUGGUGUGUACCAUAGAGACCUUAAGCCAGAAAACUUGCUUCUUGAUUCACAUGGGAAUCUUAAAAUCUCCGACUUUGGACUGAGCGCACUGCCACAGCAAUAUAGAGAGGAUGGAUUACUGCAUACCACAUGUGGUACCCCUAACUAUGUCGCGCCAGAGGUUAUCAACGAUAAAGGUUACAAAGGAGCAACUGCUGAUUUGUGGUCCUGCGGAGUAAUCCUUUACGUCUUGAUGGCAGGUUACUUACCCUUUGAUGAGUCCAAUCUCAUGACUUUGUACAAAAAGAUCUAUCGAGCUGAUUUCACAUGUCCUUCCUGGUUCUCCUCCGGAGCACGGAAGUUGAUCUUGAGAAUACUUGAACCCAAUCCCAGAACCCGGAUUACUGUUCCUCAAAUACUAGAGAACGAUUGGUUCAAGAAAGGCUACCAGCGUGCAAAGUUCAAAGAAGAGGACAGUGCUGAUCUGGCCGAUGUCGAUGCGGUCUUCAAUGAGUCAAUGGAGCACUUGGUCCAAGAAAAGAAGGAGACAAAACCGAUUGUCAUGAACGCUUUUGAGCUGAUCUCCUUGUCUCGAGGUCUCAAUCUUUCAGGACUAUUUGAAGAACAACCAGAUAUGGUCAAGCGGGAAACUAGAUUCACCUCUAAACACCCUGCGAACGAGAUUGUCACCAAAAUUGAGGAAGCUGCAAAGCCUCUCGGUUUCAAUGUCCAAAAGCGUAAUUACAAGAUGAAGCUACAGGGAGACAAGCAGGGCAGGAAAGGGCAUCUUUCUGUCGCCACAGAGGUGUUUGAGGUAGCGCCCUCUCUUUUCAUGGUAGAGCUUCGGAAGGCUGGGGGAGACACAUUGGAAUACCACAAGUUUUACAAGAACCUAUCCCUUGGUCUGAAGGACAUUGUUUGGAAGUCCGAAGUUGAGGCAUCAGGGGACAGUAAAUGAAUUCUGUAAAUAUGCCUUCAACUUCACUUGAACUCUCUGCUUCGCAGUCAGGGUUUGAAGUUGUGUGGGGUAGGGAUUUCUCUGGUUCACUAAGUGACGAGAUCUUUUUUCCCCCGUAAGGUUGUAUGGAGUAACCUAAAUCUGUUGUCCGGCGCCAUCGCAGCGGUGCUGCCUCUGUUAAUGUAUGAAAUGAGUUCGAUUGAUUUGGCCUGGGACUUGUGUAAAACUUUAUUUAAAAGUUUGUCAUAUUUGAGAAGUUGUUGGUUGCUUCUGUUAAAUGAAUUGUAAU